CGGCUACUGCUUCCGGGGCAGCUCCCAGCGAGCCGCGUUUGCGGUGCUUGGCAUUCUCGGUUCGUGAGGAGCUAUGCUUUCGCCGGCAAUGAGCUUCCUCAAAAGCUUCCCGCCGCCUGGGUCGGCAGAUGGGCUCCGGCUGCAGCAGCCAGAUACCGAGGCUGUGCUGAACGGGAAGGGGCUCGGCACCGGCACCCUUUACAUUGCGGAGAGCCGCCUGUCUUGGUUAGAUGGUUCGGGAUUAGGAUUCUCACUGGAAUACCCCACCAUUAGUUUACAUGCGGUGUCCAGGGAUCCAAAUGCUUAUCCUCAAGAGCAUUUGUAUGUUAUGGUGAAUGCCAAAUUUGGAGAAGAAUCAAAAGAACCUCUCUCUGAUGAGGAUGAGGAAGACGAUGAUGAUGUUGAACCCAUUUCUGAAUUUAGAUUUGUGCCCAGUGAUAAGUCAGCAUUGGAGGCGAUGUUCACGACAAUGUGUGAGUGCCAGGCCUUGCAUCCAGACCCUGAGGAUGAAGACUCAGAUGACUAUGAUGGAGAGGAGUAUGAUGUGGAAGCACACGAACAAGGACAGGGAGACAUCCCUACAUUUUAUACCUAUGAAGAAGGACUAUCCCAUUUAACAGCAGAAGGGCAAGCCACAUUGGAGAGAUUAGAAGGAAUGCUUUCUCAGUCUGUGAGCAGCCAAUAUAAUAUGGCAGGCGUCCGAACAGAAGAUUCAGUAAGAAAUUAUGAAGAUUCUGCUCUUAACUGUAGGCAAGAACUUGGUGCCUCUUCACUCCAGGAUGGGGCUGGUGAAAGGCUUUUUUCUUCUCCAAAACUCAUUUCUCAAGACAAUGUAUAAUGAGACAGCAAGCUGUCACCAGCAGAAGAGACUAUGACCUCUAUUAACAAAGGUGAAUUAACUGAACGGGUAUUUGUAGUUUCUCAUCUACUUCUAAGCUUCCUGUGUCUAGGUAUCUUCUGAGAAGGCCUCUAAUUCCUGCCUUUGCUGUGUGCAAUCUGUCAGCUGCGAGGCCUGUGGUGAAAUGCACAGAGCUCAUAGCAGGCGAACAUGAGGUGGCGAAGCUUAGAUGUCUCUGGGACUUAGGAGACCUCCCCUAUUCCCGAGAUAAAAAGCGCAGGGCCUCAGAGGGAGCAGUCUUUAGCAUUUUCCACAGAGGCCUGGGUCCUCUGCUUGGGGCUCAGCCACAUCUCGCCAUGACAUGAUGCUUGUGUGCUGGCUUCUGCUCCUCCUCAGUUACCAUCAGCUCUGUUAUGUUCUCCUAGGUCAGGUCCUGACUGUCCACCCUCUGAACGUUAGCUUUCUGUCACAGAAUAAAUAAUCUGAAAUGAAGUCUGCAACGUACUCUUAAUGAUAUUUUGUCUUUGUAAUAGUCAACAAAUAAAUCUGGGUUUUAUAUA